UGUUAACAACACAAAGGAUAUAAUAACCGAAGGGAAAAACAUGGAUUUUGAAGAUGCAAAAGAAAACAUUCAACCAUUGGCCCAGGGCCGCAAUGCCAGUAUAUUACAAGCUUCCAUUAAGGUGGAAUCCGCUCAGGAGUUGCAGGCUCAAAGAAAAGAGUUGGAAAAAAAGAUUCAUAAUUAUUCUGGUGACGAUCCACUGAGUGUUUGGUAUAACUACAUAGACUGGAUUGAACAAAGUUUUCCUUCGGGCGGUAAAGAGUCGGGACUUCAAGAGGUGCUAGCAAAAUGUUUAACAAAAUUCGAAAAUGACGAUAGAUACAAGCAAGAUUGUCGCAUGAUCAAAUUGUACAUAAAAUAUAUCGAUAAUAAUAAUCCGGCGGAAUGUUAUCAGCAAUUAUUCAAUGCUGGCAUUGGGACUAUGGUCGCUGAUUUUUAUAUUGCUUGGGCCUAUUGCUAUGAUAUGGUAAACAACACACGCAGAGCUGAUGAGAUAUUUCGUCGCGGAAUUGCAUGUCGCGCCCAGCCGUUGGAGGAGCUCCAGGAAGCCCAUCAGCAUUUUGGAUUUACUGUUGCACAGCGUGUAAUGUAUAAGGAUAAUGAUGAUGUACAGGAGGAAACAAAACGUCAAAUGCAUGAACGACGUCUGGCACUAUCGUCGCUGCGUGGACAUCGGCGCAAGCAAAUUGUGGGAAGUGUACGAACUGGAGCUGCCGUCAAAAGUAAUUGUCCGGGAACAGUUAAGCCCGAUUUUUCACAGCCUACGCAGCAGCGCAAUAAUGUCCUCGUAAAUGUUUUCAAAGACGAAAAUGAAAAUCCCAACGUUAUUCCCAACGAACAACCAACAACUUCUGCUUCAACAGAUGCCACCACAGAGGGCGAAGCCAAGUCUGUUGUGCGUUCGAUUAUCGAUGCUCAAAGAGAUCAAGAAAAUCGAAAAGAACCUGGACCCUGGAAUAAGGCGCACUCCAAGGGAAAACUUUUUGGCAAAAAAGCUACAACAAAUGAAUUAGGUUUUGAAAUACACAACGAUGAUGCUGAUGAUAAAGGAGACAUGGACAUGGAUGUGGAGGACGAUUUGGCUUUGCCCAUAUUGAUGAGACCAGAGGAAAGUAAAUUCGAUAAACCCAUAAGAUUGCCAACCAAUUUCUUUGCACGCAAUUCACCUCAAGCUGAUUGGCUUGUGCCAGUGACCACCGAGGAACGACCGGAUAGGAAUAGCUUAGCAGAAUAUAACAAAUGUAAACUAUAUCCACGCCCCAAUGUAGAAUUUCAGCCUGAGGAGUGGAAGGCUUAUUGUUUUUUGAAAAAACAUGGCCUAGAAAAUGGGUUCACCAAAAAACGCGACAUAUACUGGGGUCGUGGUCCCCGUUUUAAUAUUCGACAAUAUCCACAUUUUGCUAAACAGUCAAAUCCCCAGCAACAUGAAGCGGUAGAUGAUACUUUUGUGCCACCACCACCUAAUCCUGGCCUUGUGGUGUCAUAUAAUGAAAUCUAUAACUUGGAGGAAAAAAUCGAGCGCCAAUUUGAGGAAAUUCUUGCACUACGAGUUAAGCGCAACGAGACUAUUAUGAAACCUGCUGAUAUGGAAGAGACAAUUUGUGCCACCAGUGAGAAAAUACAAAGGCGUAAAAGCUUCUUUCCUUUGCGCAAAUCUCUGGCUCCAUGUGCUAAUCGAGGAUCAGCGAGAAAAUGCUCUAUAUUACCAAGUCUUUCGGACGAAGUAAGCACUGAAGGCAAAGAAGACGCAGGAAAAUCAGAGCGCUUAUCGGUUUUGCCUAUCUUUGAAAAUCGCGAUGAGAUUGUGCUUCCUAAGGUUUUGUCAAAUUUGCAGCGCCAACAAGAGGUAAAAGAGAUUGCAAGCAAGGGAGCAAUACCCAAGAAUAUAGCAACACAGGGUGCUGUUAGGGAAGCCGUAGACGCAACUCGCAUCAGUGACGCAACUCGCGCUGAAACUGACACAUGCAAAAGUCUAUUGGAAAAAACAAAAGACCGCUUUGAAUAUGAACCCAAGUCUGGUGCAACAACUUCCAGUGACGUCGUUGUCAAACCUGCAGUAGAAUUCGUGGACAAAAAAAGUACGGAAAUUCAACAUCCUUCCACCCAGGCCUUUGAAAUGCCAGUCUUCCAAUUCAAAACGCCCAGCCUGCCCACAGCUCAGCCAACUAAAACAAAUAAACUUCCAUUUGAAAUUUUCGAGGAUAAUACCAACAAUGCUUUAAAACCGGAUUUGGGUUGCGGCAAUGGAGGAUAUUUUGACGCCGACGAAUCGUGCUCAACCCAGAAAUUCAAUAUUUUCCUUAAGGCUCAAAGUGUUAGUACUCCAAAGACUAAACCCGAACCGCAGAAAAUGUUCGCCAAUGUUUUAAAGGAAAAGUUGCCUGAGGCAAUUGUCGAACAAAGUGGGAUGGAGCCAGUUUUUCAGUCUUCAGAUGGUGCAAAUGUUGCUGCUGAGAUAGGAGAUGAAAAUUCUCCGGUUGCUGUUACCGGAUUCUCACCUCCACGUAAACAAUUGUCCACCAUUCUGGAAACUUCGGAACAUGGUACUACCCAAAGUACUCACACAACCGGAGCAACCACAAAAUCCACAAUUAGCUCGCCAGAAUUCGAGCAAGAAUCUCAUGCACAACAUCAACCCACUCUUGAUACAGUUAAGGAACGUACGGUAGAGGACGAUAACACAAAUUCAAGGAACAGCAUUAAGAUUGUGUCCCAGCACGAGGAUAGUCAACAGAAAGCUGCUGCUGCCGAUUUUGAUGCAAUGGUAACAAAAGUUCCAGCUGCAGCUAGUGGUCGCCUAAACUUCUCCAUAUUUGAGGACACUUUGGAUAAGCAAAAUGUUGAACACAUAUCUCGUACCGAAGACAAAGCGGCAAGUAGAGCUCCAUUGUUAGCUCCACCUGCUGCAUCACGUCAUGAGGCCGGGACUGCUGGACGUUUAGACUUUUCCAUAUUUGAUGAUAGCAUGCAAGAAAAAGGGAAGCAACAAGUCGGUAAUUUCUCCCGCCUGGAAGAGAAGGAGGAUACUGCUGCCGGCUAUGCCAUUAAACCAGUACGGUUCCAGGAGGAUAAGACCGAAACGAUAACAAAAAUGAUGUUGGCCCCUUCUCAGCCCGCUAAGUUUCAAGAGGAUAAAACAGAGACCAUUUCAAAGAUGCUACUUGCUCCGCCUCAGCCCAUUAAAUUUCAAGAAGAUAAGACGGAAACCAUUACAAAAAUGUUGUUAGCUCCUCCACCUCCAAUUCGAUUUGAGGAAGACAAAACGGAAACCAUAACGAAAUUAAUGCUCGCACCGCCCCCCACCUCAAGAUGCGAUGACGAAGUGUUACCAAAAUUGCAGGACACUGUUAUGGAAUCCCCAAAUCGGGAUCAUAUUUUCGAAUUUUUCAGUCAGUCACCACCCAAGGCAAAAACUAUGCACACCAAACAGCCAGAUAAAGCCGGUCAAAUGCGUAUGGCUUCAGAAGCUAAAACACCCAUAGCUCUAAACCCUAAACGCUUGUGCGAUAUGGAAACUCCCGAUGUAAUGAAGCCAAAAUCCAGAUCAACAGCCUUAUUUCCAGAGCCCCCAAAAUCAAAAAGUGUUUUGAGAGAAUCAUUCAUGCCGGAUUUCUCUGUUGUUGAGGACUCUCAGCCGACGCCAAAGUCCCAUAUAUCGAAAAAUUCAAAACCCAAAUCGGUGUUGAGAGAUUCCUUUAUGCCAGACUUUUCGUUGAUUGAGGACUCUCAGCCGCAGAGGACCGUAGAAAAGCAAAUCAAUAAGAAAUCUAAUUUUUCUUACGUUACCGAAACUCAAACAGCUGGCAAUGAAUCAAUGAUACCAGAUUCACAACCCCACCAUAGCACCUCUAGCAGCAAUCGUAAUCAACAAGUUUCCAUGAAAUCUGCAAUGCAGUUGCUACCAAACAGUUUUUCCAGCAUACAAAUAUGCAAUGAUUCGGUAAUACCCGAUUCACAGCCUGUUCAGAGUUCCUCCUCCUCAAUUAAUCGCAUGAAGAAGCAAUCCACAUAUUCCAACAAUUCCGGCGAAGGACAACCGGCCAGCAUGAAGAAUAUUUUGACAGAUUCAUUUAUGAAGGAUUUUUCGGAAAUAAACGAACCGCCCCCGGUGCCCAAGGAUGUUAAGGAGAUGACAAUGAUACAGCCUUGUAAAAAUAAUUCUACCUUGAAAUUUUUGGCAGAACGCAAUGAAAGCGCGAGUAAAGCUCCGGUCAACAAUAGCAUGAAAUCAACCGCUUCUGCGGCGGCAUCAACUUGGGGCAAAAUGAGUCUUUUGGCUCCCAUGCCUGCUAAAACGUCCAUGGUGAAGAGAAAAUCGAGCGAAGAGAAAUAUUUUGAACUCAAUGCAGAGACCGAAAUGUUUGGCACUAAUAUCAGCAUGAUUAAAAACUCUACUUGGCUGCCUAACCAUGAUCCGAUGUUGAAAAAUAUAUCACACAUUCAAGAACAAUCCUUGCAUAUAAAGCAUGAGCAGUUGUCAGAGGAGGCAUCUACGUCCAAAAUAUUGCAGGGCCAUGAAGUCUCCCAUAGAAAUACUAGAAGCGAGGUGGCCAAUGUGGACCAAGCGAAAUCCUGUCAAACUUCAAUUUUGCAACAAUCAUCCUCUAGGCAAAUUCAUUCUUCGGCCAAGUCGAUGGUUUCUGAACUACCUAAACCCAAAUUCAGUUCGCUUGAGACUUCUUCUUCUAAAGAAAUGUUGCCUUUAUGUCGCAUGAGUAUUGAUAUAAGUCCCUCCGAAUGGGCGGCUAUACAGGCCCAGAAACAACAUCAACCGCAAUCAGCAACAAAUGAUUCUAAACAAGUAACCAUGAAAUCCAUGCCCGAAGAAGAAACUGAAGAUGAUUAUGGUGAAAUGAGCAUUUAUUACAGAAAUACUCCCAAAACGCCAAAAAUUCAAAACCAUAUAUGGGAAGUUCCCGAUGACGACCCCUUUAAAACACCUGGCAAUAGCCAAUAUAGACAUCCUGAAACCGACCUUAAUCAAACCCAAAUAGUUAUUGAAAAUAUCUGCGUCGAUCCCCAUGUCAAUCCAUUCAAUGUGGACCUGAUCAAUGCUUUCCUAGAACACAUACAAUUUACCAACUAUAUACAGGGAUUGGAAACUUGUAUGAUGGUUCGCACUAUUCGCUGCCUAAAACCAUCAAUGAAGAUACGCAUAAAUGAUCAUGAAUUUGAAGUCCUUAAAUUGAUAGGAGAAGGCGCAUAUGGUGCAGUGUUCUGUGGCAAAGAGGCUUCUACCGGUAAGAAAGUGGCCAUGAAACAGGAAAACCCUUGUAAUUUAUGGGAGUAUUACAUAUGUUUGGAGAUUCAUUCUCGCAUCAUGGUUGAGGAAAUGCUUCCUGCCUACAUGAGCAUUGACUAUGCUCUAAUCGGUAACAAUUCCAACAUAUUUAUAUCACAAUUCUCAACGUAUGGUUCUCUUAUAACCGUUUGCAAUAAAAUCAAAAAGCAUACCAUGAAAAAUGUUGAUGAAUAUGUGGUUAUGCUGUUGGUCAAUGAGCUAUUGGAAAUGAUUGAUCAUUUGCAUGCGGUCAGUGUUAUACAUGCGGAUAUAAAAGCGGAUAACAUUUUGCUAAUGAAUAAAUUGUCAUAUCCAUCCAAGACCCGUUCCAUGCAAUUGAUCGAUUUCGGUGUUUCAAUCGAUAUGAAACAGUUCAAGUCGGAUCAAACAUUCUCAUACGAGCACCAUGACAUGAGCUUUAAAUGUGUUGAAAUGCGUGAGCAUCGUCCUUGGACUUAUCAACUGGAUCUGUACGGAUUGGCUGGCGUCAUACAUGUGCUGUUAUUUGGAAAAUAUAUGGAUAUUGAUAAGAAGCCAAGUGGCAUUUGGAUGCAUAAGACACGCACCCCACGCUAUUUUAAUAAGAACCUUUGGGAUAACAUUUUCACCGCAUUACUAAACAUACGCGAUUGCAAAUCAAUGCCGAAUUUACAAAAAUUGCGAGCACUACUAAAGGAAGAAAUCGAAGAAAAGGAAAACUAUGUUUUAAAAAUGGUUCACGAGUUUAAUCGUGCAUUGAGCUAUUAGAGUUAUAUAUCUAUUUAGUUUUGGAUAGUGCAGUCAUGGGUUAUAAUUUAUUUAUUUUUGCACAACAAGAUUAAAUCUUUAAUUUGUAGCGCAUCAGCGUUCAUGUAUUGUACUAUAGUUAUAAAUUUAUUUAAAAUUUAUGUGUUGUCACCCGAGCAUAUGGUUUUUUCUAAUAGCAUAUAAAAAUAAAAGCUAUAAAAUCAA